AUGUCGAAGAUGCUGACGAUAUACGAGGAGGACGGCGUGCGAGAGUGGAAGAUCGCGGAGUACGACUGCGAGCCGCUGUACUCGCACGUCGUCGAGAUCGCGAAGAGCGGCCGCGCGCGAUGUCGCAGGUGCAGCGAGCUCAUCGCGAAGGACACCGUCCGCGUCGGCGUCCCGAUCAAGUGGCGCGGCGGCAUGUUCGGAUGGAUCUCGAGCUGGCAGCAUCCCGCGUGCCUGCGCGUCCCCGGCUACACGCGCGACGAGCUGAGCGAGUCCAUCCACGGCGCGAAGACGCUCUUGACCGAGGCGCAGCUCGAGUCCCUCCUCGACGAGCUCACGAAUCCGGAGGCGGCGGAGCUGGACGAGAUCGACCCGAACGCGAGCGACUUCCUCGUCCGCGCGGACGCGCCGUCGCUCGACGCGCCGACGACGCUGACGCGAGAGCUCCUGUCGUUUCAGAGGGAGGGCCUCGGGUGGAUGGUCGCGAACGAGGCGUCGGACGUGAGAGGCGGGAUCCUCGCGGACGAGAUGGGGAUGGGGAAGACGAUCCAGUGCAUCUCGCUGCUGCUGCAUCAGAAAGCGAAGAGGGCGGCGGAGCGCGUGAAAAAGGCGAAAGACGGCGUCGCGGCGAGCGUCGCGGACCUCGCGCCUCGGCCGACGCUCGUCGUCGUCCCGACGUCGGCGCUCGCGCAGUGGGAGGAAGAGAUACGCGCGUGCACGUCGCCGAACGCGCUGUCCGUGCUCGUGUACUACGCGGACCGCAAGUCGCUCACUCCGGAGGUGGUAGCGAGGCACGACGUCGUGCUGACGACGUACCCGGUCGUGGAGGGCGAGUGGAGGAAGGUGGUGAACCGCGACCUCGUGCGGUGCGAGUACUGCGGCAAAAAACUUCUCCCGCGAUCGAUGAUCUCGCACAAGAAGUACUUCUGCGGCCCGGAAGCGGUGCGCACCGCGAAGCUGGCGAAGAGGGAAGUCAAGCGCGACGUCGCGAACGAGAAGGCGAUGCGAACGCUGAAGAUCAAGAGCGGGAAAGCGAGCGACGUCGUCGACGCGAACGCGGACGUCGUCGACGCGAAGAAGAAGAAGAAGAAGAAACCGAAGAGGCUCGACGCGGACGCAAACAUCGCGAGAGAGGUCGCAGACGCGAUGCCGACCAUCAGCAACGUGUACAAGGAGCUCAUGGCGAAAGCGGGGCGCCCGGCGCGGAGCAUGUACGAGGCCGCGCACGACGCGAGGGCGAAUCCGUUCGGAGGGGGAGGGGACGACGACGACGGUUCGGAUUCCGAUGACGGUUCGGAUUCCGGCUCGGAUUCCGGCUCGGUGAUGAUCGUCGGCGAGACGCCCGGGGACGACGCGGACGACGACGUCCUGCGCGUCGUCAUGGAGGUGUCGCGCCUCGAGGAGGAGGAGCGGCGACGGAAGCGCGACCACGACGGGCUCAUGGGCGUCGGGGGAGCGGCGAAGGGUAAAGCGAAGGCGUCGGAGAAGCAGAAGCAGAAGUCGUCGGACGAUACGAGUAUAAAGAAGAAGCCGAAGCGAACGCCCGGUCCGUACGUGAACUUUUGCAAGGAGACGCGGCCGAAGAUCGUCGAGGAAAACCCGGGAAUCACGUUCGGCGAGGUCGGGAAGAAACUCGGCGAGGCGUGGAAGAAGCUGAGCGACGACGAGAAGGAGCGAUACCGCUCGAAGGUUAUACCGCCCGAGGAGGAGCCCAAGGUGGAGCUCAAGGUGGAGCCCGCCGUCGUCGUCGAGGCGCGGGGGAAGCGAACCACGCGCGGCGCGAGCGCGAGCGCCGUCGUCGUCAAGGAAGAGGAGAACACCGAUGACGACGACGCCGCGAAGAAGGCGUCGAAGAAGGCGUCGAAGAAGCGCAAGUCCAGACGCGCCGGGAGCGACUCCGACUCCGACUCCGACUGGUCCCCGACCGAGGACGACGCGAAGCGGUCCCAGGAAGACGCGGACUCGCAGAUCGCGCGCGCGCUCGCGAUGGUAACAGAGUCCUCCGACGCGUCCCCGGACGGCGGCGGCUCCGGCCUCGGCGCCGGCGAAGACGACGUCGACCUCUCCGACUCGCUCUUGCACGCGGUGACGUGGGAACGGAUCGUCCUGGACGAGGCGCACAAGAUCAAAGCGCGAACGACGAACACCGCGAAGUGCAUAUACGCCCUGCGCAGCGCGUACAAGUGGUGCCUGACCGGGACGCCGCUGCAGAACCGCGUCGGGGAGUUGUACUCGCUCGUGCGUUUCCUUCGCAUGGACCCGCACGCGUAUUACUUUUGCAAAGUCAAAGGCUGCGAGUGCAAGUCUCUGUGUUGGAACUUCGGCCCGAACCAGCGCGCGUGCGCGGAGUGCGGGCACGCCGGGCCGAGGCAUUACUCGCACUUCAACCAGACGGUGAUCAACCCGAUCACGCGGUACGGAUACGUCGGCGACGGCAAGAAGGGUUUCCUCACGCUCCGCAACGACGUCCUCCUCCCCGCGCAACUCCGUCGGACGAAGGCGGAGAGAGCCGCGGACGUGAAGCUGCCGCCGCUGAAGAUUGAGAUUCGCGAGACUGAGUUCGACGAGGUCGAGCGCGACUUCUACGACUCGCUGUACAUGCUCACGAGGGCCAAGUUCGACGGGUACGUCAAGAAGGGCAGCGUCUUGCACAACUACGCGCACAUCUUCGAACUGCUCUCGCGGCUGCGUCAGGCGUGCGACCACCCGUACCUCGUGAUUCACUCCAAGACCGCGGGCGCGACCGGGCAGGGCGCGGCGCUCGGGGAAAAGAAGAAGAAGAACGCGAACCCGACCGACGCGCUUCCGGACGACGACGACGUCUGCCGCGCCAUCUCCAUCGCCGGCGCGGAGGAGCCGAAGCAUUACUGCGGCUUGUGCCAGGACGAGACCGAGGCGGACGACGCCGCGCUCGCGGGAUGCAAGCACGUGUUCCACCGCGAGUGCAUACUGCAGUACGGCUGCGUCGCGGCGUCGCCGGAGAGUGGGAAGAAGGUGACGUGCCCGGUGUGCCGCGUCCCGCUGACGAUCGAUUUGCAACCGACCGACCUCUCCGGGGUGCCGACGCGCGUCGCGACGUCCAUCGCGGCGAAGAAAAAAGACGAGCUCCCCGCGAAGAGCAUCUUGUCGCGCAUCGACCUCACGAAGUACACGAGCAGCACCAAGGUGGAGACGCUCCUGAGGGCGCUUCGCGAGAUGCGCUCGGGCGCGGACGGGCACCUGAACAAGGCGAUCGUGUUCUCGCAGUACACGUCCAUGAUCGACAUCGCGGAGUGGCGUCUGAAAAAGGAAAAGUUUGUCGUCGCGAAGCUGUUGGGGUCCAUGCCGGUGACGCAACGCGCGGCGAAUUUGAAAGCGUUCAGGGACGACCCGAACGUCAGCGUGAUCCUGAUGUCGCUCAAGUCCGGCGGCGAGGGGUUGAACUUGCAGGCCGCCAACUACGUCUUCGUGCUCGAGCCGUGGUGGAACCCCGCGGUGGAGAUGCAGGCGCGCGACGCGCCCGCCGGUCCGCGCGGUUUCAUUUUGUAUUUCACCCACCCCUCGGUGUCAACGUUUGACCGCGCGGUGAUGCGCGCGCAUCGCAUCGGACAGAGACGCGCGGUGACCGCGGUGCGAUUUUCAACGAAGAACACCAUAGAGGAGCGCAUGAUGCAGCUGCAGGAGAAGAAACGGCUCGUGUUCGAGGGGUGCAUGGACGGGAACCAGGCGAGCUUGUCGCAGCUCACCGAGGAAGAUUUGCAGUUUUUGUUCAAGCGGUGA